GCAAAAUACACCCACGGCUUGUGAGCACACGUGCACUCUCAUCCUCUUUCUCUCCACUGCACACAUAUCGUGGAAGCUACAAAGCAGCUGACCUUACAACAAAGCUGUACACUGCACAGAGGAGAGUGAGGUGAAAGGAUAGGAGAGGUGACAGCUCUUAGUCAGUUAGCAGCGUGCGACUAACUCUCACCGACAAAGUCUGUGUGACGGGAGCAGUGGGAGGACAAGACAAUCACCGCACAACGGGAAAAGAAAAGAAGGAGAAAACAGUCCAGGACUGCAGCCGAAACUAAACAUUUACCACCAAAAGAAGCAGGAGGAAGAGGUAACUUUGCUACCGUAGAUUUAUAGAAGCGCAACGCUGGAGGGUGCACCAUGUGAACAGUUCAUCUUUGCCAAGUCUCUCAAAAGCUUACAGCAGAGUCAGCAGUGCAGUUUUGUUUCACCAUUUUCAGGGCCUAUCAGCAUAAAGAGCAAUGCCUCUGUUCGGCUGGAUGAAAUGGCCGAAUCAAACGAGAGCACAGACUCGAUCACCAAGCAGAGCGGAGCCUGCGCCCGGCCAUAUGUUGCUCACAGAGCUGCUGUGGCACGUGGAGGAACGAGAACGUCUGGCGAAACAACUGGAGCGGGAGAACAGGCUGGCCCACAGCGCCCUGGGUCUCCGCUGGUUCCAGAAAUACCCCAAACUACGAACCCUCGUGUCAUCGUCAGAGCUACACCAGCUGGAGUUCCUCUGCUCACAGGUUCCACCCGUCGACACAGCCGCAGUCGUCUCAAGGUUUCGCGAAGUGAUCACCACCAACGACGUACAACCCUGGGAGCUGGCGACCGUCUUCAAGCACAUCCUGAUCAACUUCCUCAACCAAAGACAAUAUAUUGAAGAAGAAGGUCUAUCAAUGGAGGUCUGGAGCAGCCAGUACAAGAAGCAGGGCUCGGUCACUCCCAUAAUGCCCCAGGGUGGAAGUCAUGAAAGGGAAGAGAUCCCAACGGUCUCUGGGUAUGUGGAUCGGGCUAUGCGCCACCCAAGUUCGUUCACACCCAGCAGGAUCUGGGAUCUUCCGUACUACUACCCCGGGCCUCUGAGACCCAAAGGAGAGAGUACAACACUGUGAGAAGAUACAACCCAGUGUGGAGAAAUGUGAAAAUGUUCUGUGAUAUGCCAAGGAUCAUUUCUGUGAAAGAUAUUUCUCCCCCAACAACUGGUUUAGGUUCUACUGAAAACCCCUCGUUUGAGUUUGUAUUGUACCAGAGGGCUGUAGCAAUCCUGUAGUAACUGAGGAUAGGUUUGUAAAUAUGAAGAAAAGACUUUCAUUAUUAACGUUUGAGAUUUUUUCUGUCUCUGUAGUUUUUAAUGAUGCAAGAAAUACAAAAAGUCACACCAUUUUCCUCUAAACAUUUUUUUAAAUCUCCAGGGUCUCGCUUUCAUUAUCCAACAUACCGCAAUGACGUAGGACUGGACAAUAAAUCAAUAACGUAUAUCAGGAUAGACAAGUGAUCAAUAUCAAUAGAUAAUGCAUCUGAUAAAAUAUUCAAU